AUGGGGUCUAAGACAGCUUCCCCCGAUUUAGGACGAGGAUUGUGGGAAAAACCAACGGAUUAUAUAGUUGCCUGCCUAGGACUAACUUUGCAGAUGCAUCUAUUUGGUUCCAGUUUUUAUUCGCUAACUUUAGUUCUUGGAAUGCUGCCAUACUUCUUGUAUAUGGUAAUCCUUGUGGUUCCGGUCUUGGUCAUCCACUCUUUUAUGGGCCAGUUUUCGAGCAGUGGCUUUAUCUCCGCCUUUCGUCUGGCUCCGUUCUUUAAAGGCAUAGGAUAUGUGAAUCUCUUCCUGACUACCUCCUUUAUCAUUUACUAUGGCACGCAGGCUGCUAUUCCGAUUUUCUAUAUAUGGUACUCCUUUUACCCCAUUCUUCCUUGGAGUUGCGAGGGGUUAUCGUCGUGGUUCAAUGAGUCUCAAGGACUUACUACUUGUCAUUUAACAAUGGAAUCGGGCUACUCGUAUAUAAACUCUUCCAUACACGCCAAUGAUUCGAAACAUGUCCACGUACCUUCUUAUCUAUACAAUAAAUACAAAUUUAUUACUUUUCGUUACCCAACAGAGGACUAUCAGGUAGACUGGAAUUUUGUGGGCCUCUACGUUCCCAUUUGGGCAACGAUUGCAGUUAUAUUCUAUAAGUUUUCAGAGACCGCAAAGUUUGGAAAGUUCAUACGAUAUAUGGUUAUUGCAACACUGUGUCUUCUGUUGGUGUGCUUUGUGCGCAUUUCGUUUCUCCCAGGAGCCAUGAAAGGGCUGGAAAGAUAUUUUACUCCCAAAGUCCGUGAUGUGGAUAGGGGAUUCGGCCGCACAUUUUUUAUGGUCAUACAUGCAUUUGGGGCUGGUUGGGGCAGUGUGAUAGCUCUGUCCAGUUUCAAUGGGUUCAGGACCAACAUAAUGUCGUACAGUUGGAUUAUUUCCAUCGGACAGGUCAUCAUUCUCAUCAUGUUUGACCUGGUUGACUUUAUGCUUUCUUACUACUUCACAGGACUUUCUGAAGAUCAUGAUGUUAUAAGCUUGUGGAUGUUCUUUCUGUCCUCUGCUUCUGCUCUAUCCUCCAUGGGUUGGCCGAACCUUUGGACUAUUCUUUUCUAUACCAUGUUAUUAAUGGCUGGUCUUAUUGUUUUGACAACACAAAUCUUUACUAUUCUGCAAAGCUUAUUCGACGAGUUUGAAACACUUAGAAAGAGAAAAAUGGAAGUAACCUUUGGCCUUAUUGGAGGCCUGGCAGUCUGUUCCUGUGCCCAUAGCAUCGAUCAUGGAAUGAUUUUUUUUAUGGCCUUUCUGCACAAUAUUUCUGUGACACACAGCGUGCUCCACUUACUCCUUCUUUUCGUGGUUAUGUGGAUCUACGGGUGGGAACGUUUCCAGCGGGAUAUUAAGUUUAUGCUGGGGCAGCCGUUUGCCUCCUGGAAGGUUUUCACACUCUGCUUCAUAGCUCCGUUGAUUUUGCUGGGUUGUCUGGUAUCGGGAAUAAAGUUAUUGAUAGAGGAACACUAUCCGAUGUAUACAACGGUCCACACGAUUCACUAUAUACUUUUGGUGUUAUCCGCUCUGGCAAUACCUGGCUAUGGAUAUUACUACGUUUACCAGAACAGCGGCUCCUUUUGCGAGCGCUUCAGACGCACCUGUCGACCCACCGAUUGGUAUCCGGUUGUGGAGGAGCACCGCCAGCGUUACGGGGAAGCUAUAGGCCAAACGGAGGUGACCGACCACCCACUUUUUGAGCUUAUCGAUGAUGUGAAUGAAUAGGUGAUAAGAUUAUCAAAAUACAUUACAUUUUUAAACGGAUUUGUGUCCAAUAUUUGUAUACACGUAUAUACAAUAUAUAAAAAAAACUAUUUUAAGUUUCAAUGAAGAACAAUUUUUGGUAAAAUCUUUUCGGCUUGGUAUAAUUUGCACUUCUCGCUUUAAGCUAGUACAUUUUUAAAGUGCUUUAGAAAAAUGUAAAUAUUUAUUAU